AUGGAUCAAACUACAAUUCCAAUAAGGCCAAGCAGAUCAGAUCGAUUAACAACGUACUUUCGUAAUCCAGAAUACCUGAGAGCCGUUGGAGGUCAAUUAACACAAUAUACAGUCUUGGAUUAUUUCAGUAAAUCGGAUUACUAUGAACAAGGAUGUAAUAAUGCAGUCUUGCAAAUGCAAUCAGCCGCAAGUCUAUCCGCUUGGGAAAGAAGAAAUGAUCCGUUCACCAUCGAACAAGAGUUAAAACGGUUCACAGGCUUAGAAUAUGUACUCGUUCAUGCAAAACAACCGGAUCUUUUCGUGAUUCACAAACGCUGGCGAUCUUCUCCUACAAUUACAAACACUUUGGAAGCAUAUUAUGUCUUACAAGGAAACAUAACAAUGGCAGCAGAUAUCCUUGCAAUUUUGGGCAACAAAUUCGUUUCAACCGUUUCAUCUCUACAACAAAGUUUGGAAAUCGCAAGAAAUGCUCAACCUGAUUUUAAUCCGCGUGAAGGAUAUGCAUGGAGAAUUGCAGCUGAAGCACAACCAGAAGAUACAACGGAAGGAGAAGAUGAGCAAAGUGUGGAUACACAUCCAAAUCAAUCACAACGUGAAGAAGUGAUGGCACAAGUAGCAAGCCAAGUCGAAACAGCCUCUUAG